AUGUUGGUUCCUCACCUUUUCGGAAAUCUUCCAUUCUUUCACCCGCAAUGGUUAUCGCUCUUGACUACAUACUCCAACGUCAUGCAGACAACCACUAUCGACGAACUCAUCGAAUCACUUGCUCGGUCCCCGCCUAUUCCAGAUCCAUCUCCAGUUGUUCAGCUUCUCCAAGCAUCAGCAUCAUCGGUUGGGACCUCAGCUGCACUACAGUCUAACUCUGAGCCGAAGUCUUUUGACAUUGAAAACUUGCUCUCUCGAUAG